AGAAAGAAGGUGCGUGAAGGUUUUCUUAUUCUACAUAGAGAAUAGUCAUAGCCACUAGGAUAAAUCUUUUGUAUUUGCAUGAUAGAAGCAACAGCAGCAAGUGGCAAUUUCAAUAGUUUUAUCCGUAAAUAAAACAAGUUCAAGAAGGGAGUGGCUAUUGGGUCUUGUGAAACAUUGCUUCUCACUCUUUCUUCUUUUCCCCCACACCCACACCCACGUAAAAUACACGCUUUCUCCUUCAAUUCAAAAUGAUAAUAAUCAAUAUGUAUGUGUGUGUAUAUAUAUGUAUAUAUGUAGGUAUUGUUUAUAUAUAUAUAUAUAUAAACAAAUAAUAAAAAAGAAAGUCCACCAGCCAGCCAGCCGUCCCAAAAGUAAACGCUUUUUGAUAAUUUAGACCUCAACUUUUAAUAUUGCUCCAUGUCAACAUCACCCACUCUAGCUUCCUCUCUAUCCCUCCCCUCCUCUUUGGUGGGUGGACUCAAGUCUGCACAAAUUUGGAUGAAGAAAAGUGGAGAACCCACAUGAGUUUGAUUGGAGUAUCUUCGCCACCUUCAACUGUCUUCUUCUUCUUCUUAUGUUUUUCUUCUUCUGAUAAUGAUCAAAAGAUAAGUAAUAAACUGACCUGACUUGCCCACAAUCGAAUCCUAUACCUCAUCAUCAUCACCUUAGUUAGAGCAGCCAUGCUCUUGACUUCCUUCCAUUCUUCUUCUUCCUCUUUGCCUAAGCAGAAUCCAAAUAUUCAUCACCCCUUCAAAGAUUAUCAUUUCUUGGAUUUAUUCCUAACCGUAGUGUUAGUAGCUGUUUCUUGCUUUGUAAAUACCUGUCAUGCCUCUUGCAAUCAGCUCCAUCGUGAUUCUUUGUCAUCAUUCAAUCUCAGCAUCUCCGCUUCACCACCGUUGAAUUGGUCUCUUUUGCACGAUUGCUGCAGUUGGGAAGGUGUUGGAUGUGAUGGCUCUGGCCGGGUGACCAAUCUGUGGCUACCAUCAAGAGGCCUUGUGGGAAGCAUAUCUCCUUCUAUUGUGAAUCUCACCAGUCUUUCUCAACUUAGUCUUUCCCACAAUUGGCUCUCUGGCCCUCUUCCCGAUGAUUUUUUUAUGUCCUUGAAUCAACUUCAGGUCAUUGAUUUGAGCCGUAAUCGCUUGUCUGGAGAGCUAGCCCCAUCAGAAAAGCUGCCCGCUACUGUUCAGAUAUUCAACUUGUCCAACAACCACUUUCAUGGGCCAGUUCAAUCUUCCUUCCUCCAGCCUGCAUUGAAUUUGGAAACUUUUGAUGUCAGCAACAACAGCUUCGGCGGGUUAAUCCCGACAUCUAUCUGCAGUUUUUCCCCGUUCAUCCAGUGGAUUGAUUUCUCCAACAAUGAUUUUACGGGCCCAAUUGCUCAAGGUUUUGGUAAGUGUACAAAUUUGCAGAGCCUCAGAGUAGGUUUCACUAAUCUCUUGGGAGAGGUCCCACAGGAUAUUUACGAGUUGUUGACACUGCAAGAACUGUACUUGCCUGGCAAUAAGCUUUCUGGAGCUAUCGAUGAAAGAAUUGUCAACCUCAGUAACCUUAGAAUCCUAGCGCUGUACGGUAAUGAACUGACAGGCAUGAUUCCUCAAGAUAUUGGGCGGCUCUCCAAAUUGGAACAGUUACUGCUUCAUAUCAACCAAAUCAGUGGGACUAUUCCACCCUCACUCACCAACUGUACCAGGCUCACAGCACUGAAUUUAAGGGUCAACUACCUUGAAGGUGAGCUAUCGGCUUUUGAUUUCUCAAAGUUUGUCCAACUUAAGACAGUUGAUCUGGGCGAUAAUUUAUUCGGAGGUAGCUUGCCAGCAACCCUUUUUUCUUGCAAGACACUUACAGCAAUUCGCCUGGCCACUAACAAGCUAACUGGAGAAAUUUUGCCAGAUAUAGCAUCAUUACAAUCUCUGUCAUUCCUAUCUCUUUCCAAUAACAGCCUAAACAAUAUGACAAGUGCAAUAAGAAUCCUAACAGGGUGCAAGAACCUCAGCACCCUAAUCCUCUCAAAGAAUUUCUAUAAUGAAGCAUUGCCUGGCAAUGAAGACUUGGUUGGGGUUGAGAUGUUUCAAAACCUCCAAGUACUGGGUUUGGGUGGCUGCAGAUUCACUGGUCAAAUUCCAAUGUGGCUGUCAGAGCUAAAUAAGCUGGAGGUUCUCGACUUAUCUUACAAUAACAUGACAGGCCCUGUUCCAGGUUGGUUUGGGACUCUCCCGAAUCUUUUCUACUUAGAUUUAUCGCAUAACCUACUUACAGGAUACUUCCCCAUGGAACUUAUUAAACUGCGACGACUAGCAUCCCAGCAGAUUUCUGAUCAAGUUGACCGCAGCAACUUAGAGUUGCCUGUGUUUGUUCAGCCCAAUAAUGCCUCCAAUCUGCAGUACAGUCAACUUGCAAACCUGCCACCAGCUCUAUAUCUUGGUAGCAACAGUAUAGGUGGUACUAUCCCAAUUGAGAUUGGUCAGUUGAAGUUUAUCAUUCAAUUGGAUCUUAGUAAUAAUGAUUUCUCAGGAUACAUUCCUGAUUCAAUAUCUAACCUCACUAACUUAGAAAAGUUGGACCUCUCUGGAAACAAUCUCUCUGGUGAAAUUCCAGCAUCACUCCAAAAUCUCAACUUUUUGUCUUCGUUCAGUGUUGCGUACAACAAUCUCGAAGGGCCAAUACCUACAGGAGGUCAGUUCGACACUUUCCCAGCUUCAAGCUUCGAAGGAAAUCCAAGGCUGUGUGGUCGAAUUUUGCAGCGCUCUUGCACCAACCAAUCAGGCAAUAACAGUCAGUCAGCAACCCGAAAAGGGGAUAGCAAGAAAACCAUCAUACUAACCCUUGUGAUUUGUUCAGGCGUUUUCAGUAUGACUCUGCUUCUAUAUUUGGUGUUUUCAAAGAGGAGAAACCUAUCAAAAGGUGACCAAGAAAAGGAUCUGGAUACAAUAUCCUUCAACUCUUCUGGAGUAUUUCCAGAGGUUGCAAAGGACACGAGCCUUGUCAUAUUGUUUCCGAACAAUAAGAAUAAAACAGAGGAUAUCACAAUAGCUGAUAUAUUGAAAGCCACGGACAAUUUCAACCAAUCAAACAUAAUUGGUUGUGGGGGCUUUGGUCUGGUAUAUAAAGCAACUUUGGCGGAUGGAACCAAGCUUGCAAUUAAGAAACUCUCUGGAGACAUGGGUUUGAUGGAAAGAGAAUUCAAGGCUGAGGUGGAAGCUUUAUCCACAGCCCAACAUAAGAAUCUGGUUGCUCUGCAAGGUUACUGUGUGCAUGAUGGCUUUAGAUUGCUAAUAUAUUCUUACAUGGAGAAUGGGAGCCUUGACUACUGGUUGCACGAGAAGCCUGAUGGACCAUCCCAACUUAGUUGGCCAAUUCGUCUAAGGAUAGCUCAAGGGGCAAGUUGUGGGGUGGCUUACAUGCACCAAAUUUGUGAACCGCAUAUUGUGCACCGCGACAUAAAGUCCAGUAACAUCCUUCUUGAUCAAAACUUUGAAGCACACGUGGCAGAUUUUGGGUUAGCAAGACUGAUUCUUCCGUAUCAUACUCAUGUCACCACCGAAUUGGUUGGCACCCUUGGAUACAUACCACCAGAGUAUAGUCAAUCGUGGAUAGCCACAUUAAGAGGAGACGUCUACAGUUUCGGAGUUGUCAUGCUUGAAUUAUUAACGGGCAAGAGACCUGUCGAGUUGUUCAAGCCAAAGAUGUCAAGGGAAUUGGUUAUAUGGGUACAGCAAAUGAGGAGUGAGGGAAAACAAGAUGAAAUCUUCGACCCUCUCCUAAGAGGCAAAGGCUUUGAAGAAGAGAUGUUGCAAGUGCUUGAUGUCGCCUGCAUGUGUGUCAACCAAAAUCCUUUCAAGAGGCCGACUAUAAAAGAAGUAGUUGAUUGGCUCAAGGACGUAGGGUCCAACCGACAGACAACAACAUAAGGGAGAACAGCUUGUAAAUAUAGAACUCUGAAUUUGUUGUUGAUAUGAAUGUCUUGCCAACAUACAUCUGCAA